GCAAAAUGCGUUCCUGUUUCAUAUUUAUUUCGCUAACUCUGCUGAGUCUAACCAGUGGCUUUCCCUCGGAAUUGGGAAAUAAUUGCGAACUCUUGGAACAUGUUGCUACGGACGAUACGUGGAAAAAUAUAUUUAAUAACGUCAAGAAAUCUCUGGAAGAUGCCAUAAAACGUGGAUCGUAUUCUGAAAAAUGCGCCUCCCAUGUGGAAUUUCUGCAAAGUUGUUUAGAUCGCGCCACGAGCAUUUCUUCUCCAAAAGAACAAAUGCAGUAUGUACUUGAAUUUAUUGACUACCAAAUGCAUACCAAAAGGGAACCAACUCGUACGCACACCUUUUUAGGAAAAAAUGUCAUCCAUUUAUUUAGGAGAACUGUAGAUAAACUUACACAGUUAAGCAGAAAACUUAUAAAUGUUUCCGAAAAAAUAGAUGAUAGAUUGGGCAAAACAAUCUUUAAAAGUAAGCAAUUUCUUUUUGGACAUAAAACAUAA